AUGGUCCACCCAUCGUCCACCUGCUGCAAGACCUCCCAGGACGGGAGCUGCGUCUGCGCCGCCCAGGCCAAGUGCUCGUGUGGCAAAGAGAAUGCCCUCCACUGCACCUGCAACAAGUCCUCUACUGAGAACGAUGUGGCUGGUCCUCGGUGCUCGUGCCGAGCUCGUCCCGCUGGCCAGUGCACCUGUGAGCGGUCCGCCAGCGAGAAUAAGCCCGUGCACGGCGAGACUUGUGCCUGUGGCAGCCGGCCCUCUGCAUCUUGCACAUGCGAGAAAGCGAGCGCGAUCGAGUCGGCGCUUGAGCAGGACUUCACCACCCGCGCAUAG